AUGUGCUCAUCAAUCAGUUGUAACAAUGAUCAAAAUACCGCAGAAUUGUCAGCGAAUCGUAGUGAAAACUUUACUUCAAGACGUUCUGUUAAUCGAUCUACAGCUUUGUCAGACGACAUGACUAAUAGUAGUACUGAAAUUAAUAUUUACAGUAAAGCUUUCUGUAUAAAGCAACCAGAUCAUAUGCCUAGUUCAUCAUUUACAUGUACAGCAUUGUCAUCAACUGUAACAGUUUAG